AUGUCACACGAAUCUUUAGAUCAAGAUUCCUAUGCUACUACAGAACCUUCUAAGGCAAGUGUCUCUGAUACAGCAUCCAGAGUGAGUAAAGCUACCGCCAAUUUUAUGGAAAAGAGAGAAAUCUAUAGAAUAGUGGUGGACGGUAUCGAUUGUACUCCUGAUAAUAUAGUAGAUCCAAAUUAUGUUACGAUGGAAGAAACAUUUACUCAUGCUGCAUUUGAAAGUAAGCCGAGAGCCCGUAGCGAAAUAAUUACUAAAGAAACGAAGGGAAAAUCCAAAUCCGCCGUUGAUACGGGUAUGAAAGUAUACGCGACUACGAUCUCCCUUGACGACAUAUAUAUCGAUCACACAUCGAACACGGAAGAAGGCUUUACAUCCGACCGGCAAGAUUUAGAAAAAGCACCGUCAGCUUUUUAUUUGCCUAAAAUACAACCUAUUAUGUCUUACCCUCCAGAAAUCUUAAUUGUUAUGAAAGAAACGGAAACAUGUUUUCUGUUCGAGCUACCAAGUUUUUCAUAUGAAAAAGGAACACCGGACGGUGCUGCGGUGGAGGAGGAAAAUGAAUUUUAUCAAUAUAUAACUGUUGGCAAAGGGAAGAAUAGAAAAAUGGUAACAGAAGAAACUCAAACAAAGGAAUGUGUUACACAAACUAGACAUACACUAUCCGUAAGGCCACAAAAGAAAAAUGCUAUAACAUUUGCAUCAAUGUGGGACAUGCACGAUACUUAUAUGCGUCUUGCGAGAGUAAAAGCGGAAGAAAAACCCGAUGAAAUGGUUCUGUACCAAUCAGCCGCACCGACUUUACUGCGCAAAAAGAAAAUAUCAUUAGAUACAUUAGACGAAAAGAAGGAGAAAACAAUCGAACAAAUACUAAGCACACCUCAAUUUUUGGAUGCGGUUCUCUUAACUGAACGUGUUUUAGCCUCCUUGGAAUAUUCAAAUGCUCAAAAAAAAUUCCGUGGUCUAAUCAGGAUAGAUCCACGCGCUUUGGAUUUAGUUUAUGUCUAUACUAUGAAACCACUGUGGACAUUAGAGUGCGAUGAGACACAAAAUAGACCGAUCACAAGUAUUUCAUUCAAUCCUAAAAAUAAAAAUAUCCUAGCAGCUGCUCACGGUAAAUUUACCUAUGCCGAACACCACACAGGAUUAUUGUGCAUUUGGUGUACGAAAAAUCCCUGUAAGCCUGAAAGAAUAUAUCAUUUUGAAGAUCCUCUAACGUCAGUGGCUUUUUCAGAAAAAAAUCCAAAUUGGUUGGCGUGUGGCUUUGCGAACGGCGAUGUUUUAAUUUUAGACAUCACGUCUUACUCGAUAAAGACAAUCGCUACGAGUAAACGUGAUACUAAUCCUUGUUUUGAGCCAAUAUGGACUGCUAGUUGGCGUUCGAUCGAUAGGGACAACAAUUUCGUUAUAACAACAUGUCAAGAUGGAAGGAUUAACAAAUUUACUAGUACGAAAACCCAUGAUUUUAUAUGUACGCCACUGAUGCGUAUAUCGACUGUUGAAGGUAAAAUGAAGGGUUUAGAGGCACCUAGGCUUUGUAUCAAGGAGGACGUACCUAUUACAAGAUAUCCAGCAGCACUGUGUAUGAAGUGGCAUCCUAAAGUCGGACACGUAUAUUUAGUUGGUACUGACGAAGGUUGUAUUCACAAAUGCUCUACGCAUUAUUUAAAUCAACAUAUGGAUGUAUUUCAGGCUCACGCAGGGCCUGUUUAUAGCAUACAGUUUUCUCCAUUCAUGGAUACGUUAUUAGCAUCAUGCGGUGCUGACAAUGCGAUUAGACUUUGGAUGGAAGGGAUAGACGACGUAAUACUGACAAUGAUGUGCCCCGCCGCUGUAUACGAUAUAGCCUUUUGUCCAAUCAACUCGACUAUUCUGAUAUCCGCUAGUGGUAACGUUCUUUCCAUUUGGGAUCUUCGUAGGAAAACACAUAUGCCUUGUGCAGAAUACACUUUUCCCGGACAAAUUGUCCUGACUUAUAUUAAAUUUUCACCGUCCGGAGACAACGUGUUUGUUGGGGAUACACUGGGACGUGUACAUACAUUCCAUUUGGAAGAUACGCCGAUACCUCCGUUCUACCAAAAGAAAUUGUUAGAUGAAACAAUCAGAAGGGCUAUAUGUACACGACCACAGCUGUUGAGACAGUUGGAAAAGUUAGAGAAAUUUAGGGAAAAAUUCGGUCAGUAA